CCAUAUCUAUCGCCUAUAUAUUACCUGAGUACUGUGCUAAGUGGUCAUUUAGGUGUAGCCAACUGGGAAGACAAUCAAUCAAAAUUCAUAAAAAAGUUAUAAAAAGUUAGAAAAAUGGUUACAAAAGUAGCACUGUUAGUUCUUGCUGUUGCUGUCGCCCAAGUUUCCUGCGAUGGAUUAACAUGGAAGUACCAUCCAUCUCUUUCAGCAUUUAUGCUGAAAGGUAAAGACGAAAUGGGUAAAGAUUGUUCAGCUCCUGGAGAAAUAAAGUGCCAGGAUUGUGAGACAGCAAACCUUUGCAUUGCGAUUGGUGCUGAUUUCUUAGAAACAACAUUGGAAACAUGUCCGAGUGGAAUGACUUGCAAACCAGGUACAGGUUGCGUUAGAGCCUCUGAAAAUACAUUAAACUGUCCUGAUCAAACUCCUCCCGUAGACAACAGUUUUGUAUGCGAAUCUAUUGGUAUUUUCCCUGAUCUGGAAGACUGUAAGAAAUUCCAUUUCUGUAUUCCAAAUACAGAAGGUGUUAAAGCUUCCAACAGAAGCUUUUACCUACAUUCUGAAAUUGAAAAUAUGUCCAUAGAAGCAAUCAAAAGUCAGACCAGAGUUGACAAAACAAAACCACGCCAAAAAUCUAUUGAACACACCUGCGACAGAGGUUAUGGAUACGAUCCUAUGACGGCCAUGUGCAGCAUAAAAUUGGAUAAUGGCGAAUGUGCGAAUAGGGAUAAAAUCCAAUGCAAAGCUGUUGGCGAGUCUAACGCUCUCAGCCUUGGUUCGAGCUACUUCUACGUCUGCCAUAGAGUUGCUGGAGGAUAUGCAAAUCCUCAAGGCCAACUUGUUCCUAGGCUAUAUAGGUGCCCCCAUGGUGAAUUUUUCUUCAAAGGUUCCUGCAUCGAACAAGAUGAUGAAGAUGAAGAUAAUCUUGUGAGUUUGUUGAGAGAAUAACAUAAUUAUAUACUAACCAAAGUAAGAUAGUUUAAUGUAUUUUACUAACCAAAUAAAUUAUUAUCAAUUGA